GGCAAUCAGAUGGUGCAGAAGGUGUCUAAAUACGUCAUGGCUCCAUCUGCAGGCAAGAGAUUGGAAGGCUCCUCCCUUCUUGGCUGAUAAAAGCUGGCAGAGGCUGAGACAGGACUGAGCUUUGGCUGAGCCUGUGCCAGGGAGAGGAAGAAAAAAAAUCCCAAAAGGAAAAAAAAAAACCAAACCAGUGGAGAGGCAGCCAGUGGAAGAAAACCGUCUGGAGGAACCCCAAAACAGCACCAGUGACAGCAAGGAGAACACCAAGGUGUUUUGCAAUGGAGGGUCAUGGUGAUUAUUUGCUUCUCAUCUACCUAUAACAAUCCAGCCGGGGAAUUUGAGUGAGAAACAGCAUGGCUCCUGCUAUUAUCUCCAUUUGGUCAGGAAGAGAGCACGGUUACUGAGGGCUCAAUGGCUUUCUUCCUCAAACCACGGCCAUGCACGUGGGACCUUGCCCUGGACUACCACACCGCCAAACAGUUUGAAGUGGAUGUGACCCUGGAUCCAGCCACAGUAGGUCCAGAGGUGAUCCUCUCUGAAGACCUCAAAGAAGCCACCUGGGGUAGACCUGAAUGCCAGUGGCCUGAGGGUCCAGGCCGCUUCGACACAGAUCCAUGCAUGCUGGGCAGUGAGGGUUUCACCUCGGGCCGUCACUACUGGGAGGUGGAGGCCAAUGGGCGCUUCUGGGCUGUGGGGGUGGCCCGUGAGUCAGUUCAGAGGAAAGGCCGGGUCCUCUUCAAGCCCAACGCUGAAAUCUGGGGUUUGCAGAAGUAUGAUGAGCUCUGUGUUGCCCUCACAGCUCCGUCCAACACCUCUGUCCCUCUCCUCAAUGGGGAGAUCGGGGUCUACCUGGACUACGAGGUAGGACAGGUCUCUUUCUACGCCGUCAGCCGCCGCCAACGCAUCUUCACUUUUCCUGUGGCCUCCUUCAGUGGGGAGAAGGUCUUCCCCUACUUUUGCGUGCUCCUCUCAACCAUUAAACUGUCCCCCAAGGGCUGAUGCCCUGGAAGGAUCCUCCCAAAAUCUGGCUGCAUCGUGGUGGUUGUAAAUGCUUGUUGAUACUCCCAACCCUUAUUUUCCAAGUCUUGGACUCAUUUCUAACUCAGUUCAUGGUCCUACCUCCAUCUCAGAUGUCUCUGGUUUGGGUUAUGUCCAGGGGGUUUUGGGUCUGAGCUCAGCAUUGCUCGUGUCAAGUUUUUAAUUUCAUACAAAGCUCAUUAACUGAAGCUGGGUUUCCCUGAGCUUGUUUUGAGCUAAAAACUUCACUUUUUCCCCCAAAUUCAGCUUCCUCUGAAGGUUCUUUUUGCUGACCUUAGUGCCUGUGAUUGGCUGGUCUUCCAGCACAAAUUAAAAAUCUUACUUUCUGUAGGAUUUGUAUUAAUACCAGCCACUGUGCCUUAUAUUAAAACUGAUUUUAUCAUCACCAGGAUGAGCUCACACCCACUGCCCCUACUCUUUUCCUCUGCUGUUCCGCAUGCUUGAGAUGUAUUUCCAAAUACUCAAUAUGUAAAUAUGCUCAGAAAAGAAUAAAUUUUUUUUUCUCUA